UGAACGUGUUUUUCAAUAUGUACACCUGCUGCAUUGAUUUUAAACUUCCUGAUUUAGCAUAACAUUUGUAAAAUCAUACAUGUUUCAUAAAUAAUAAAAACUAAACAGCCAUGGUUAAUGUACAAUUUGGAGUGACUGUGGUGAUAAUUUUAGUGCAAAGGAUACACUCAGGUGCUGAAGCUCAGGUGGUCACGUUGUCUCCGACCUCUCCUACAGUUGUGAACCACAGUCCUCUAGUAUUGACCUGUGAGACCCAGAGCACAAACGUCGAACAUGUUGUGUGGACUAGACGGAUAAGCGAUGCCGCAAUAGCUGUUGGAACCAUCAUCAUAAGAAGUGACAACAAUUGUGCACCCCCUUUCCCCUCUCUUGCACCAAAUCCUUCUAUAUAUGAUUACGCAUGCCCCUUACACAACAGAGUAUCGAUAACAAUAAAGAACGUUUCAAGAUCAGAAAAUGGCGUUGGAUGGAAAUGCGUAAUGAGAAUCGAGGGAAAAAAUCUUGAGAGCACCGAAGUCACCAUAGCUGUACAAGGUAAUAAACUAGUGGCAUAUUGA